AAACACGCAUCGCAGGAGGCGCUGCCGCCGCCGGCACGACGGUAACCAAUAACAGAUAGGGCCAAUGCGUCAGUGGCGUCAGUGCAGAAGUUGAGCUGGAAGCGUAUGGUUGCGCGUUUUCUCUUCACGACAUUUCCUAAUUUAUCAUCGAAACAAGAUCUUUGUCCUGCACAUAAAUCUACACAUCAAGGAAUGCAGUUGUUAAAACUGCUGCUACCGGCGGACAUUAAAUAUGUUCGAAAUUUCGCAGUUGUAGCAGCAGCAGCAGCAGCCAUGAGCGGAAACGAGAAUUACAAGGAAGCGAAAUCGAUUUACGAUUUCACCGCCAAAUCGAUCAAAGGCGAAGAAGUUCCUCUGUCCAAAUAUAAAGGUCACGUGUGUUUGAUCGUGAACGUGGCAUCAAAAUGCGGCCUCACGGCAACGAAUUACAAGGAACUGAACGAACUCUAUGAUGAUUACGCAGAGUCCAAAGGUUUAAGAAUUUUAGCUUUCCCUUGUAAUCAGUUUAACGGACAAGAACCCGGAGGUAGCGACGAUAUAUGCAGCUUUGCCGAUCGACAAAAGGUAAAGUUCGAUUUGUUCGAGAAAAUCGACGUCAACGGGGAGGAUGCCCAUCCGCUUUGGAAAUAUUUGAAAAAAGAGCAAGGAGGAACUCUGGGAAAUUUCAUCAAAUGGAAUUUCACGAAAUUCAUCGUCGACAAAGAAGGCAAAGUCGUGGAACGCCACGGACCCAACGUGGAUCCCAAUAAACUCAGAAGCAAUUUUGAAAAAUAUUUUUAAACAUUUUAUAGAUGGUUAUCUUCCAUGUCUGCAAAUAUUCACAUCACUUGCAUUUUUCCUGUGUAUUUAAGAAUAAUGCAACGAUUGCGCAAAGCAUUUCUAUUAAGAACAUAAUUACAUUUUAAAAAAAAAAAAAAAAAAGAAAACG